AUGUCUGAAGUCUCUGUGAUCCCAGCCCCGCCGGGCGUCACGGUCGACUUUGACCACCCGAGGCAGCAAAAGGUGCUGGAGCAUUACUUGCUCUUUGGUGUUGGUGGUACUAUUGCCUUCAUUGCCCUGUGCCAAAGAUUUUACACCAAAAUAUUCCUUUCAAAAGGCCUGCAAGUUGACGAUGCUUUCAUGUUUCUGGGAUGGGGUGCCUCCGUAGUCACUCAAGCAAUGCUUGUUGCUUCUAUUGCUGAAGGUGGCAUGUGCGCUCAUGCCUGGGAGAUGCCAAUGUCAAGAUUCGUGCGCUAUUCCAUCACAACCUACGUAACAGCGCCCGUCUUCAUGCUGUGCAAUGGCUUUACAAAAUUGUCUCUAUUGACAUUUUAUCUUCAUCUUUCACCCCAGAAGUGGUUUAGAGUAGCAGUAUGGACGGGUAUUGCUGUGGUUUCGCUGUAUACAGCAUGCAUCACUAUCCUGAUGCUGUUCCACUGCAAUCCCGUCAGGAAAGCUUUUGACUUCACCAUCACCGGCGGAAAGUGCCUCGACGUUGGCAUUCUGUACAUGGCUACGGCUGUGUCUAAUAUCAUCACCGAUGUCAUGCUGUUCAUUCUUCCGAUGCCUAUGAUCUUCAGUCUUCGCAUGAAGAUGGCAUCGAAGAUCGGCGCCGUUAUAAUCUUUGCCAUUGGAUCAAUGACCGUGGCGACUUCCAUCGUUAGAUUGACCUACCUACCCCCACUACUCGUCAGUGUAGAUCCGUCAUGGGAUGCUGCCCCUGCGAAUAUCUGGACUUUCGUUGAAGCCAACCUCUUUGUGAUUUGCGGCUCGAUGCCCACCCUACGAAAGUUCUUCAAGCAUUUCGCGCCAAAGCUCAUGGGCUCCUCCACGAACCCAUCAUCUUACGCAGUCGGCGGUUAUCGAAUGUCAUACGCGCAUCAAAGAUCAACGAAUGCCAUGAAAAGCCGUCAAAGAAAACAAUACGAACAGUUUCCGGACGAGAACGAAAUGCAUACCUUCCACUCCGAUCGCAAGAGAAUGAACGAAGAAGACCCCGGCUUCUCAUCCGUAGUAGUUGCCGGUGGGAGGGAGAGCGCCGACGAUAUGAGCGACAAGGCGAUUCUACAGACCAAAACCGUCACGAUACAGCGUGAUUGA